AUGAGUGGGUGGCAGCUGCCCUCAAGGAAGAAGGUGGUGGGAGGCAAGGAAGCCCAGGCUGUGUCUGUGUGUGCACUGGCCCCGGGGCUCCUACACUUCUCGGUGCCUGGACUAGCUCUGGGCAGGACAGAGGCCGGAGGGUGCAGGCAGCCUGCUUCAGAUCCCUCAGCCUCCCGUAGCCCCAGAUGGAAGCCCAACCCAAAGGUUCUCAGGUUCCCAGCUUCCCCGAUCCUUGAAGGCUUUUCUUGCAGAGAAGGUGCUCCUUCUACAAAUCAGCUCCUCCGAGUAGAGAAGCAAAGGGAUGGGGAGCGACUGCACUAUGUGCCCAUCCCACGCCCUGGACUCUCCGGUCCCAGCCUGCCCCUCGCUGUGCUCUGGGUCAAGCAGGGUGCAGGGCCUUCUCUUCUCAGCCCAGGGAGGGACACGUGUCCACAGGUGCAGGUGUGGCUCUACCCAAAGCACGGGGACGACAGAGAGGACACGAGCAUGGGAGGCCACCCAGGAAUCCAGUUCCCGGGGCUCCUCAGACUCACGCUGCUGCUCACCUACCAGUGUGGGACUCGCUGCCUGGGCCUGGACGCCUGUCCAGCUCGGACUGCCCAGUCCCCGUGCACACAGACCCCUACAUUCAGCAGUGGCCUGGCAAGGACACCCUGGUCUUCUGGCUGAGGAACCUUUCCUCUCCCUGACACUAGAGCUGCCAUCCAGGGCCGCUCAGAGGGCUGGGGACAUCUAGGCCAUUUCCAUAUUUCUCGGCUCUCAGUAAAAUGCAAAUGGAAGAAAUGUGAAAAUAGUGUUUUAAGAGUUAUGGCAUAUGAACCCCCAAAACCCCAAACUGGGGUCCUGAAUAAACACUUCUCCAAAGAGGACAUACGCAUGGCCAACAGACAUGAAAAGAUGCUCAGCUAAUCAUCAGAGAAAUGAUACAAAUUAAAACCACAAUGAGAUAUCUCCUCACACCUGUCAGAAUGGCUGUCAUCAUUAAGUCAGCAAACUUGUUGGCGAGGGUGUGGAGAAAAGGAAACCCUCAAGCACUGCUGGUGGGAAUGAGGAUUGGUGCGGCCACUGUGGACAGCAAUAUGGAGGGUCUCCAGAAAAUUACAAAUGGAACUGCCUUAUGACCCAGUGAUUCCACUUUGGGGUAUGUAUCCAAAGAAACCCAAAACACU